GCCAUUACCUGAUAGGUUGAUACAUGGGACGGCAGCAUUUUGUAUGGAUUGUUUCCUUCUUUUUUGGAUCUUCGGUGGUGGGCACGAAAUGGGUUUGCUUGCACUUGCAGUAGUCAGCAGGUUUGUGUAUCAAAGACGAAAUUUUGAAUCCGUCAUCAAUGGUGAUGACUUUCAAUGACUUCCAGCUUUAUGGGAUAUAGAAGUUUUAUAUUUGCAGCUGAUUUGAGGUGAUUUCAGAAACACAGCCUAAUAGUUACUUCACAAUACAUACACUGUUAGUUCUUUUUUGAAAGAAUCAAAGAAAACAGAUGUGGCUGCCUUGCUUAGAUAUUGGAAGAAUCAGGAAGGAUCAUUCAGAAACAGUGAAGUUUGGAAUAGAGAUGAGAUGAUGAAGGUGGACACUGGUGUUGAAGGGAUAUAAGGCUGACAACUGACGUCCAUGAUAACAGCUUAUAUGUGGCCCAUUCAACUUGUCUCCUGUCAGAUGGGACGGUCAGGAUUGCCCACAAAAUGAUGAAAUAAACAUCUAUUUGGGAAAGAGCCCUGACCCUAAAGCCCAAACUGUCUCAAUUCUGAAAGAGUAGCAUUGGUUCAUCUCUCUCUCUCUCUCUCUCUCUCUCUCUCUCUCUGUGCUAAUGUAUGUACUAAGUGGGUAAUGCAUAAUAUAUUAGAAGGACAACUGUUAAUAGUUAUAUAUAACUCUUUGGGAGCAUGUGAUACAUCUAAGCAGGCUAAGCUGUCCCUUUGCUGAUUGUCUAGAGCAGUGUAACGCCCUGUGAUUCUGAACAAUAUCUUAUAUAUAAGGAGAUAAUUAUUGUAUUCAAUUUAAUAUUAUUCAUCUGCUGAAGCUGUCCGAAGCAUCUCUAUCACAUAUCUUGUAUCUCAUUGGUAGAAGCACUGGGAUUUGUUUGGCAUGCCUCAUACCAAAAAUACAAUAAUAGUUUGGUCCCUCUCUGUGAAAGAGAGAAUCUUAAAUUCUUCUUCAGAGUUUAUUUUAUUUAAGUGUUUGCAGUAUAUACUUAAUUGGGAAUGUGAUCUGUGAGGCCUGAAGAGGAGGUGUUGUUUUAUCAAAGGAAAGGCAGUGACUUGAAGUUGGUGUAACAAAUCAAGAGGAAUUGCUGAAUUGCUGAAUUGCUUUCCCUUGAAACAGUUUAGAAACACUUCUUGUUCUUCUUCCUCAUUAUAGUAACAAAGUUGUUGAUCUUCUCAGCUCAUGAGACUCCAAAGGUAUAGAAGCAAAAGGAGACAUAUGAUCACACCUGAGAACAUUUAACAUGCAUAUCAGAAGUAGAACACACAGGAAAUAAACAGGUUGGAGUUAUUCUGAUUCUUCUUGUGAAAGGCACCACCAGAAAAGAAGGCAAAAUUAUUGCAUUCUGAUGGAUAGGAUUCUGAAACCAAUUGAUAAGGAAUCCAUGAGGAUGGCCAUGCUAAAGCAUGAAGAAACAUUCAAAGAGCAGGUAUAUGAACUCCAUCGUUUGUAUCAAAUUCAGAAGAUGUUAAUGAAAAAUAUGAAGAGAAAUGGGCCCAAUGAAUGUGGCGCAAAUCGAUGGAAUGUGGAAAAUGAGAUUAGUUUGAGUCAGGUGAGUAGUAGCUACAAAGAAAGACACAAGCUACAGAAGCCAUGGAAACUUGACCUGGAACAACCUGCCGAAGAGUGUACUGCAGAGGAAGGUGGAGACGGAGUGCUAGAGAUUGAGGAUGAGAGAAAUAUUGAGCUGACGUUAGGACCCUCAAGUUACAACCGAAGGAAGAAAGAUGAGAGACCUCUAACUUCAGAUUCUGGACCAAGUUUUUCUUCUUCUUCUACUGAAUCCAGCCAUAUGAAAAGGACAAGUACAGGGGCAUAUACAAGGAUGGAUACAAGGGAACAGUUAAAAGGCCAUGAAUGGGGACUCAUCCAAAUGCCUGACAUGCAUCCAAGUUUUCCAAGUGGAAAAAAGAACACUUACGAUGUCGAAGAACAAUUGAGACAGGAGAAACUAAACCGGCCUCCUUGGCUUUUCCAUGUUUAUAGUAUGAACAUGACUUAAGACUUUGUUGGUGUCCAUAGGUUUGACUUGUUCUGAUUGACUAUUUGUGAUUAAUGUUUGCAUGAAAAUUUCUCAACUUUUAGUGUAGUGAUUGAUGAAGUCUUUAAACA